AAGAAGUAAGCAAAGGUCGUUCAGAGCAAAGACCUUAAUCGCAGUCCUGCUCCUAACAAGGGUUGAGGCUCGCAUAUCUGUAAUGUAUGCACACGAUAAGGCUUCCGACGUGGUCGCCGACCAAUGCCUCAGUGAAAUGUACCCUAAAGGAAAACGAGUCGAGUUCCAAGAAUCAGAUGAAGCAUGUAUAAUAUACUGCGUACUUAAGAAGUUCGGAAUCAUGAACGCGAAUGGUGUCAUCAACUUGGAAGCGUACCGUAAGCGAGUUCUCCUGGCUCACCAGCUGGACCAACGCAAGCUGAUGAGCGACAGCAGCGGCAGCUCAUGUGCGGAGAGCGCGGAGGGAGUCCAACACAAGCAAGAUGUAUGCAAGAAGGCCAAGAUAUUCAACGAUUGUACACAUCUUUAUAAAAUAUUGUUAUAAUAAAAUUGAAGAUUCUUUUG